CCCUUCUAAUUCUCUUCACUGAGGAAAGAUGCCUCGAAGUCCUCCAUCUUCACAACAGACUCAAGCACCACCCGGUGGACUCUCUUCCUCCUCUACCACGGCAGCAUCAACCGGUGUACCCGAGUUACCGGUUGCUACCAGUGAACCGGUGACCGGUGUAUCCCACGAGGAGAAGACCAAAGGCCCGGGAGCUGAUGAAGUGGUAGAAGACGAAGAAGAAGAAGAGGAAGAUGACGAGAAGAUACUAGAGAUUGGUCAUAAUGGAAGGUGGCAGAAGAUUAACCACCAGGUGACACGAGAUGUUCCAGGGAUUGAUGAUGCUUACUUAGCAAUGGACACUGAAGAAGGAGUGGAGGUCGUGUGGAAUGAAGUCAUCUAUUCUCAGAGCAGCAGGAAAGCUAACAGACAUCAAAAUAUUGUCAAUUUCUACGACUUUUGGCACGACAAAGUCAAUUCGAAAGAUCGUCUUGUGUUCAUUACGGAGUACAUAACAUCUGGAUCUCUCGCUCAGUUCCUUAAGAAGAACAAAAGAGUGAAAGGGACCAACUCUAUCAGCGAUAAGAUUUGGAGGAGAUGGUGUAGACAGAUAUUAUCAGCAUUGAGUUACUUGCAUAAAAAUGAGAUUAUUCAUGGCAAUUUAUCGCUUGCCUCAAUCUUUAUUCAACACAAUGGGCUAGUCAAAAUAGGAUCCGUGUCACCAAACGCUAUACAUCAGCACGUGAAAACAAAGAACAGAGAAGCAGCUGCUGGCCUUCAUUAUGCAGCACCUGAACUAGCAGAGGGUCCCAUGAGGACGUCAGCCGACAUCUACGCCUUUGGAAUCUGUGCUCUAGAAAUGUUGAACCUAGCUCUGCUUGGUAACGGUGAGACUGUUCAGCAGGGUCAGCUUCGCUCUGAUGCUAUACAGAAGGCACUGGAUCAACUUAACCCACGGACUAAGCAGUUCAUAGAAUUGUGUAUUGACCACGAUUAUGAGAAAAGACCACAAGCACACUCACUUAUAAAGCACCUGGUCCUACAGGAGGUUUUUACUUUGAAGCUCUUGUCAGCCUAUGCCUUGAGAGGAGUCAAGAACCUUCAAGAUAUCAUUGAUUCUUAUCGUAAAUCGUCCGACACUGUCCUAGCAACCGUCAAUGCUAAAAGAAUUCAAAAGACCUUCACUGCCGCUGACACUGCUCAAAUAGAUAUUGAGAAGUUUUUCGAUGACAUCAGUCAGGACUUGCUGUUUGAAGCGGAACAGAUAGCGGAGAAUAGUCCCCAAGAGAAAGACGAACCACGAAGGGCUGGAAUAUUGACAGAGUCCAAUUCAACAGCUACUGACAGGACCUCAACAAAUCAUGAACUAGAGACAAGAAGGUUUGCUACGUGUUCUUGUGAUGUAUUGUCACUGGAAGACGGGAAGAAUGAGGUUUGUAUUAAACUUCAGUUUGGCAGUAAAAUGGAAAGAGAAUUAAGAAUUGAGCUACAAGAAGAUGAUACUCCUCAAGAUUUAGUAGCUGAUCUUGUUCAGUGGGGUCUAUUGUCAAGAGAAGAUGCUGAGCCUCUAGUAUCAAAACUGAGUACAAUAUUAGCCUAACAACAGCUGAUGAUACAUGUAUGAUUCAAUCACCACAUUCACUAAUAAGUAUAGUCACUUGAACUCCUGUUAUUGUUAUUAUUAUUAUUGUUAUUAUUAUUACUAUUUCUGUUAAUACUUGAACUAAAAUUAAUGUGAUUAUGUAUGUAAGUAACUGCCUUGUCACAUUGAUAAUUCUUUUUAAUUCAGUGGAACUACUAGCUCAA